AUGGAAAGCCUCCCAGCACCCGCAGCUAUUAGCCAGCCGCCACCAAUUGGAGGAGGAGGGGCCGGUCCGUCCCCUUCCUCUUCGAAUGCCAUGUCGGAUGGGAAGUUUGCGGAUAAGAAUAAGAAGGCACUAUCCGAAUCAGAGCUUCUGGAGAUCGAGACGCAGAAAAUGGAGCAGCAAUUGAAGGCAUUAAGGGAGACGAUGGCGCGGGGAAAGGAACAUAGAAGUGCAAGCGGAAGAACCACAACAUGGCAGGCCGGAGGGUAUGGAGCCAAAGGAUCGCUCACGUCAUAUGCUGCCGACGUGCUGGCCAAGAAGAAUGCCGCGUUGCAGAAAUCCCGGUAUACAGGUGUGGUGCAGGAAGCCGACAACCGCCGCAAAAAACUCGAGUCGGACCUCAAAGGAAAAGCCCUAUCCUCCAGCGAACUAGUCCACCAAUAUCCACAAUACAGCACUGCUCAAUCAACAAAGCCCGAGGACAAUCGCAGAGGGUCCGAUAAUCCGAACCUCUCGGAAUCGUCGUUGGCGCGGAGAGCUUCAUUGCAGCCUCCAGCCGGCCAACAAGCGGGGAUUGGGUCGCGGCGGGGGUCGGAGAUGAGUGCGUCGGCUAAUGCGAUUAGCUCGCGGCAACCGGCGCCACCGCAGAAUAGGGCGCCGCAGAAUUUGACUUUUCGGCCGCCCGCUCGCAUGUGGCGAGUCCCAUCAGCCCUCGCCCCCAGCCAACCCCCACCCUCAACCGGCGCCUCGAGCCCCCCCUCCGCCUGCAAAUCGAACCCCUUCGGCAACAUCCCCCCCUCCCGCCGCUCCUCCGAAAUGUACGCUUCGACCAACCGCCGCGCCUCCCACAUCUUUGGCUCCGAAACCCUCACCGGCCGUCGCCCGUCCGAAGCCAUAGCCGUCGUCGCCAUCCCCCCCACACCACCCCGAGACCCCGACUCCGCCCGCGACUACAUGAUCAGCGCCGCCGAGGAAGGCCGCACGGACUGGGUCCCUGGUUUCAGCACCAGCGGGUCAGCCCUAACCGACCCUUCCGACCCCUCCACCACAGGCAAUAACGGCACCGCCCUCCCCUCCAACACAACCCCAACCCUCCUAGACGGCCACUUUGACGAAGAAGCCUCGCACAAGUCCUUCACCUCCGCCCUCGAAGAAUGGCGCAACGAACGCGCGGCCCAGAAACGAAUCGAAUCCCCGCGCGAUUUCAAAUCCGCCAACCGCCGCGCCACCGUCGCUGUCAUAUCCGGUCCCAAAGAUCCGCAUCUACCUCCCAGUCAGAGCGCCGCACGCACCCGCCGCGCAACAAACGACCAGGACAUGUACCUCCCCACCCACCACGAGACUUCGGCGGCCCUCCACCGUCCGCGCUCCGGCUCGCUCGCCUCCUUCGGACAGUCGUUGACGAAUCUGACCGCGUCGUUGGGGAUGCGGUUCGGGAUGUCUUCCUCCACCCACGCCUCUGACUCCCCGACCGCCCAUUCGACGCCGGAUAUGUAUCAGUUGACGCUGCCUACCCAUCAGCAGAACACGAGUGGGGAGAGUUUACGGAGUAGUAAUACUUCGAGUGCGCCGGAUUUGAGGGGGGGAAGGGGGGACGGGGUCGAGGACCCGGAAGCGGGGAGGAGGGGGUAUGCGGGGCGGCAUAAGGGGGAGGGCGAGUUCGCGCGGGGGGUUCAGACAAACUCGACAUCCACCGACCCGCCCCCCGCGCACCACCCCCACCCGACCCAAACAGCCCUCCAAACAACCCAACACGCCUUCUCAACCUCCUCCAACCGCCUCACAUACAUGGAACGGCUCCUGCUGGAUAAAUACCGCGCGCAAGAGACCCCGCCCCUCCCACCACCCCCACCACCCGCAUCCCGGUCGCGCAGCGGGUCGGCGCCCGAACGCCCGUCUGCGGUCGCGAGGGGGGGCGAGUGGACGGGGGAUCUGGAGGUGGGCGAUGGGGAUGGAGUGGAGAUCCCUGCCACGAGCACCACGACGGGCCCGAGACAUCGCACGACGUCAGCAGCCUCCCUCAUGCCCCCGCCCCCGGCGACAGCCUACCGCGACCCCCCACCCCCGCCCCCGAACUUCUCGCAGCCGAACCUGGCGCCCACCGGCGGGUGGGGGUCCCGGUCGCGGCAAGCCUCGCGCCAUUUCGAUCUCGGGAACGGGAAUUUCACGGCGUCGGCUGGGCCGCCACCGUUAUCGGCGUUGGGGCCGCCGCCCACGGGUGGGAUCACGGCAGGGGGGGGAGGGGGAGUGAAGGCGGCGGUGAUUGUGGAGGACGUGACGAACAGGGAGGAGCAGGCGAUCAUGGAGGGGGCCGGCGUGGUCGAGUGUGUGCGCGGGGACCGGGUGGUUGUUAGGGAGCCGGGGGAGUAA